AUGGACUACGAGAAGCCAGAGGCUGUUAAUCCUCAACUUUAUCCCCACACCGGCCAUCAGAGCCCUAUCCCAGAUGGGGAGGCAACGCUACACGGCGGUUUCGAUGAGCCGCCGACUCCCGAGGACCGACGCGAAUUCCGUGGAGACAGCCUCUGGUUUGCCUAUACCAUUCUUGCUGGUGAGCAACUGGUUGCCAUUACAAAUGCUAUCAAGUUCCGCUACGACGAUGGCAAAACCCAUCUGAUCUGGCAAACCGGAGUGGAUGUCGAUAAUGCCGUGUGGAUUACUGUGUUCCUAGUACUUGUUAUCAUCUUCAACAUGUUUCCAGUCCGAUGGUUCGGCGAGCUGGAAUAUAUAUUCGGUACCUUCAAGCUGAUAUUCAUAUCGUUUCUGAUUCUGUUGAUGUUUUUCUUGUCCAUCAUUGAGCCACGUUCCAAUGCAUACUACCACGAACCUCUAGGUACUCGCUACUGGAACGACCCUUACUCGUUCUUCAGUACAGUUUACCGGGCUAGAACCGAUGAUCUAGAAGUGAAACAGACAAUUACCGGAUCCCUUGGGACACUUUUGGGUGUCUGGACCACGUUUACCAGCGUCAUGUUCUCCUAUAUCGGCAUGGACAUCAUGGCAGCUACCGCUGCUGAGAGCCGAGCGUUAGCUGAUGUCGAGGCUAUGAAGAUGGCCGCUCGGAAAAUCAAUCUUCGAGUCGUGACUUUAUAUUCCCUCGCUGUCAUGACUGCAUCCUUUGUCGUCCCGAUGGACCAUCCUUUCCUGAAUGGCGAGGCGACCUCAUGCCGCAUGGGAGUGCCGGUUAGAGCAGUUCUCGUCACCGGCGCUGUCAUGAUGAUAGCAUACAUGGGUCGCUCAGGCAACCCUGGAGCGCGCCUCGACGAACUUGCCAAUAACUGCACGGUUUCCUGUCUCAUCAUGCUCGAGGAGGCCAAAUUGUACGGCAAUACUUCUGAAGCUCAAGCAGCCAGUUACGACAGAAAUCACCCCCUGUAUCCUUACAAGUCUCAUGGCCAGUGGCUCAAGGCAGCAUUCGGUCUCAUAGCUUGUAUUAUCUUGACACUAUUUAACGGUGUCAGCGCCUUUAUCACGCCGUUUAGCCCCCGUAAAUUCGUGUCGGCAUACAUCAGCCUUCCCGUUUUCAUAAUUUUGAUUCUAGGUUAUAACAUCCACAAACAUGGCUUUCGCUUUGCGGAUUGGUGGACGGACAAGUCUGGUGAUCUCAGCAACACGGUACAGGCUAGCAGCUUGAAACGAAAGGGUCGGUUGGAAUUCCCCGACUCUGGCCUUACCAAGGACAAUUUACGAGCAUUUGGCGAAUGGGUUUUGGUGUGGCUGAAAUAA